UUUUCCUUCUCAGAUCAGAGCCGCAGAAGUCAGUCACGCAGCGUGACGUUACGCAAGGGCCACGCGUUCACUCUCGUGUCUGUGUGGUUGAGAGGGUUCUGCUGUGUCGUGAGCUCUGCUCCGCGCGUGUGAGAGUGUUUUGUGAGUGUGUGUGUGUGUGUGUGUGUGUGUGUGUGUGUGUGUGUGUGUGUGUGUGUGUGUGUGUGUGUGAGCUGCAGUCAUGGCUGUGGACGGAACGGAGCAGCGCGCGCUGCAGUAUGAACAGACUUUGAUGUAUGGGCGUUAUACUCAGGAACUGGGUGUUUACGCUCGAGAAGAAGCCGCUCGGAUUCGAGAGGAUGGUCGUCACCGCAGUCCUCCGCUCAAACUGCUGGAGUACGAGAAGGGACGAUGUGUCCGGUGUCGAAUCUGUGCAGUGCACUGUCAGCGGUUCCUCAUGUCACGGGUCGGCGAGGACUGGAUCUUCCUCAUCUUGCUGGGACUCGUCAUGGCUCUGGUCAGCUUUGUUAUGGAUUUCUGCAUCGCCCUUCUCCUACAAGCACAGAAGUGGAUGUCCGGUGGUCUGGACAGUAACGUAAUCCUGCAGUAUUUAGCUUGGGUCACUUAUCCUGUGGUUCUCAUCAGCUUCUCUGCAGGCUUCACACACAUAGUAGCACCUCAGGCCGCGGGGUCUGGUAUCCCUGAAAUGAAGACGAUUCUCAGAGGAGUGGUGUUGAAGGAAUAUCUCACGUUAAAAACGUUUGUGGCCAAGGUUGUGGGACUGACCUGCGCGCUGGGGAGUGGUUUGCCUCUGGGCAAGGAGGGUCCAUUUGUGCACAUUGCCAGUUUGUGUGCGGCUCUUCUCUGCAAAUUCAUGUCUUUCUUUGGUGGAAUUUAUGAGAAUGAGUCCAGAAACACUGAGAUGCUUGCGGCGGCCUGCGCUGUCGGGGUCGGAUGCUGCUUUGCUGCUCCUAUUGGAGGUGUGUUAUUCAGCAUCGAAGUCACCUCCACGUUUUUCGCCGUACGAAACUACUGGCGUGGCUUCUUUGCUGCUACGUUUAGUGCCUUUAUCUUCAGAGUUCUGGCCGUGUGGAACAGAGAUGAAGAGACGAUCACGGCUCUCUUUAAAACACGCUUCAGACUGGACUUCCCCUUUGACCUCCAAGAGCUUCCAGCGUUUGCUGUGAUCGGAAUCGCCAGUGGGUUUGGUGGAGCCUUAUUUGUGUAUUUGAACCGGCUGAUUGUGCAGUUUAUGCGAAAACAGAAAACUAUUAACAAGUUCCUCAUGAAGAAGCGUUUGUUGUAUCCUGCACUCGUCACUUUACUGAUUUCUACACUCUCUUUCCCUCCGGGCUUUGGGCAGUUCAUGGCUGGACAGCUUACACAGAAGGAGACCCUGGUUUCAUUUUUUGACAAUCGCACUUGGACGAAGCAAGGAAUGACGGAAGACUUUAAUUAUGACAGUCACUCGACCGCCUGGAAACAUCCGCAGGCUAACGUCUUCGUGAUCCUCGUCAUCUUCAUCGUAAUGAAGUUCUGGAUGUCUGCUUUAGCCACAACUCUUCCCGUACCAUGUGGAGCCUUUAUGCCUGUUUUCGUUAUUGGUGCUGCGUUUGGCCGUUUGGUGGGUGAAAGUAUGGCCGCAUGGUUUCCAGAGGGCAUUAAUACGGACGGCAUCAUCUAUCCCAUAGUUCCCGGAGGAUACGCUGUUGUGGGAGCUGCGGCGUUAUCCGGAGCGGUCACACACACGGUUUCCACAGCGGUGAUCGUGUUUGAGUUGACGGGUCAGAUCAGUCACAUUCUGCCCAUCAUGAUUGCUGUGAUUCUCGCCAACGCCGUCGCUCAGAGUCUUCAGCCGUCCAUCUACGACUCCAUAAUCCGCAUUAAGAAACUGCCUUACCUGCCCGAGCUCGGCUGGGGCCACCAUGAGAAGUAUAAUAUCCGUGUGGAGGACAUCAUGGUCAGAGAUGUUCGUUACAUCACACUGAACUCCACCUACAGAGAGCUUCACGAGAUCCUCCUGAUAGGAAACCUCAAAACAGUGGCGCUGGUGGAGUCUGCAGAGUCGAUGAUCCUGCUGGGCUCUAUUGAGCGUGCUCAGUUACAGGCGCUCCUCGCGCAGCAUCUGAGUCGCGAGCGCCGGCUGGAGUUCAUACGCGAUCGCGCCGACGUUGAGAGAAAACGCGUGUCUGUGAUCAGCACUCCCAGCAGCGAGGAGGGGGGUCAAAAGGUCAACCACGAGGUUCGCUUCCAGAUCUCCACAGAAGAGUCUUCGUUCACACCGACCCAUCCCAUUUCACCUAAACCUCUCAAACCUGCGCUGAAGAGGACGUCUACCGCAGAGAAAAACAUCGAGAUCCCCACAAGUCCUCAUGAUUCUGGCAUUGGCUUAAAGAAUCUGUUAUGUGCUCGACCUCAGACUGAUGCAAUGGAGGAGGAUCCAGACGCAGAGGAUGACAUGACUCUUGGCGAGAUUGAGGAGUGGGAGGAGCAACAGCUUGACGAGCAGGUGAACUUCAACAGCUGCAAGAUUGACCCCGCCCCCUUCCAGCUGGUGGAGCGCACUUCACUGCACAAGACUCACACCAUCUUCUCUCUGCUGGGUUUGGAUCACGCUUACGUCACCAGCAUUGGGAGACUCAUAGGAGUAGUUUCACUGAGAGAGCUGCGUAAAGCCAUCGAGGGCUCGAUGACGGUGAAAGGCGUGAAGGUUCGUCCGCCGCUGGCCAGUUUCAGAGACAGUGGCACCAGUGGCACCAGCAGCGAAAGCGAAGCCACUGAGCUUCACAAACUGUGGGAUCGUCACACCAGCAUCAGCAUUCCCCGAGAACACCAGCCCAACGCCUCCGACUCAGAUGACAAGUCACAGUGACCCGCAGCCGACGCUCUCAUCCAAAAACACUCCGGUCUUCCCCUUCUGGAGAAUCAGGGACUGUCUGGACUCUGUCGAGGCUCCUCCAGUGUGUGUGUCUGUGUGUGUGUGUUUAUAUGUGUGUGUGUUGCAGACGCAGACCAGAGAUGGAUCAUUUCAUUUUAGACGUUACCUAUCAUUCCCUUUUUCACUAUUUAAGAAAUGUGAUGCACAAGAUCUGUUUGAACGCUUCAUCUGUUGACUCAUGUUUUUUAUGUCGGGGAAUUUAUAUAUCCGUUUUUUUCUCUUGCAGUCGCACUUAUGACUUUUCCUGCAGUUAGGUCUUUUCUUCUCGCAAUGGACUUUUUUUCUUGCUAUUCUAA